UGUUUGAUGCUGUGUGUUCUUUCUGCGCCGGAUUACUACACGUGCCUUGUUGCUUUGUAUUAUUCGAAGCAAACGAUCUUCAGAGAAUAGUAGUUAAAAUGGGAAGAAACAAUUUCCAACAACGCCCAGGUAACCGUCGAUUUAAUCAUAAAUCCAAACAUGGGGGCACAAAAGGUGACUUCAAUCCAAAAAGAUCCCGACAGGAUCACAAAUCGGAUAGAAACAGGCGUUUUCCGCAGCGGCCAAACAAUCCGAACGAAUCGUUUGCUGUGUCCGAUCUGAAGGAAGAGCAAGUGUUUGUGACGGAAUAUGUUUCCACCGGCGAAGGUUUUCGUGGGAUUUUGAAAUCUAGAUUUGCAGAUUUUCAAGUAAACGAAAUCGACAACGAGGGAAAUGAAGCAAUUCUAACGGACUUAACCAUGCCGGUUCCACCGAAGGACGAGCAAGGUGAGAAGACCGAUGCUUUGAUCGAGGAUGAACUGGUACAAUUAAUUACUAAGGAAAAAGUGGAACAAAUUCGGUACUUGGCGAGUGCUAAGGACAAAUGUAGCGAUAUCGUUGAAAUCGAUGUCACCGAACUAUCCAAGGAAGAUCGUGGCAAAAUACACAAUAAUGCAAAAUCAUUAUUUGGAAGUGCAAUCGUGGGCUCCACUAUCACAAAAGAGGAACGAAAGUACAUCACAUUUUCCGUUUAUGAUAAGUUCAAGGUGAAGGAUCGACGACAAAAAUGGCUCUGGCCGUAUCCUUUUACACACUUUUUACUAUAUAAAGAAAAUGUGGACACUAUACAGGCUACUUCUCAGCUGGCUGAGAGCAUGAGAUGUUCCCCCUCUGCGUUUGCUUAUGCAGGGACUAAGGAUCGGCGUGCGAAAACAACACAGUGGAUUAGUAUUAAGCACUACGAGCCAUCCAAAAUAAUCGGUGCAGCUAGAAGUAUUAAAAACAUUAAAGUUGGUAACUUUUGCUUCAAGCCGAACACACUUAAAUUGGGUCAACUCGAAGGGAACCGAUUCAGAAUAGCGUUACGGCAGCUAUCUGCGGAGGAAGAUGUAGUUAAAGUAGCGUUGGAAAAUUUUCGAACGAAAGGAUUCAUCAACUAUUUUGGUUUACAAAGAUUCGGAAACAAUUCUUCUGUUCCGACGUAUAAAAUUGGAAUAGAGAUGCUUAAGGGUUGCUGGAAGGAGGCAUGUGAUCUAAUUUUGAAACCCAGGAAAGGCGAUCCUUGGUUCAUGAAACAGAUGCGUGAUGAAUGGUCCAAAACCGGUGAUGCAAAAAGUUCAUUGGACAAGCUGAGUCCGAGUAACAAAACCAUUGAGAGACAGAUUCUACAAUGGCUUUCAUUCCACGAUAACGACUACAAGGGUGCCCUGGAACACUUACCGCGGAACAUGAGACUGCUGUACUCUCACUCGUAUCAGAGCCUGGUCUGGAAUAGAAUAGCAUCACGUAGAAUUCAGAAAUAUGGUUGCCAAGUUGUCCCAGGAGAUUUGGUUUUUAUCGAUGAUACAGCUGCGAAGAUAGCUAACGAGGACAUCAUCGAUGAAAAUGUAACUGUAGAAUUAUCAGAAUCAGCUCCUCAUGACGAGGACAUUGAGGAACAAUCAACAGAGGUAUCUCGCUUCAAGACUAUGGUUAAACCACUUACGGAAGCCGAUAUUGAAUCGGGACAAUAUACAAUCUUCGAUAUUGUUCUUCCGCUUCCUGGUCAUGACAUAUCGUACCCAACGAAUGAUAGUGGUAAAUGGUAUGAAGAAGUUCUUGCAGAAGAUGACCUCUCCUCAGAGAAAUUGAAGCGGAAAUCGAAGAAUGAAUCACUCACUGGUGCCUAUCGGAAAGUUUUCAUAAAACCAGAGAACCUCGAAUGGAGCAUAGUUUCGUAUGAGAAGCCGACUGAUACAAUAAUUUUAUCCGAUUUGGAAAAGUUGAACGGGGAAAAAUUGAACUUGAAAGACGAUGGGAACUCCAAAGCACUCAUUUUGGAUUUUCGAUUGCCUACUUCUACGUAUGCGACAAUGGCAUUACGUGAGAUCCUGAAAGCUGAUACUUCGGCUUUACACCAACGUUCUCUAGAACAAGAGCAGAGCAAGCACGAGGGAGUGACCACUUUAGAAGUUCAAAAUAAAUCAUCGACACAGGAAGUAGAGGAUCACAAAACAGAUGAAGCUGCUUGUCAAUCAAACGAAACAGAUAAAGGCAUGAAUGACGAUGAACCAUCGGAGAAGAAAGUGAAGCUGGAAUGAGUAGCAACGAGAAACUAAGGACUUUCUGUUGAAAUACAGUGGCUGUUCGGAUUUGUUUACAAUCAUGGAUUUCCCAGCGGCAAUUAGAAAGACUUUAUGAUGUUUGUUACAAUAUUUAUCAAUAAAUAUCGUUUCACAAUCAGUGUUCUGCUUUCAAGUAGUGUCAGUAAGAAUGCUUGAUAAGAAAA